CCAGCGGGCGUCGCAGGGCAUCCAUGAGCAUCGUCCUGAAACCCGGCCUGAGGUAUUUGGGAGGCUCUCGGUGCUGGCGUGCGUGGCUGACACUUCAUCACAAAAAAGUUCAUUGCACACCAGUACAGCUCACCAUGACGCCGCCUCCGCAGCCUGCCUUCCCUUCCGUCAAGCUGGGCUCCGGCCACGAGAUGCCCAUGUUCGGGCUCGGAACCUGGAAGUCACAGCCGGGCAAGGUGCGCGAGGCUGUGGAGACGGCCCUGACGCUGGGCUACCGCCACAUCGACUGCGCCAUGGUCUACGGCAACGAGAAGGAGAUCGGUGAGGCGUUCAAGAACAAAUUCGAGGACGGCACCUGCAAGAGGGAGGAGGUGUUCAUUACCAGCAAGCUUUGGAACAGCUUCCACGCUCCGGAACUGGUGAUACCGGCCCUGAAGCGGACGCUAGCAGACCUCGGCCUCGAGUACCUCGACCUCUACCUCAUCCACUGGCCCAUGGGGUACAAGGAGGGAGACGAUCUCUUCCCGAAAGACAGCGAUGGCAAAAUUAUCCCUUCUGACGCUGACUACGUGGACACGUGGAAGGCGAUGGAGGAAGGCGUCACCACCAAGCUGGUGCGGUCUCUGGGCGUCUCCAACUUCAACGAGGAGCAGUUGGAGCGUGUGCUGGCCGUGGCUAAAGUGCCAGUCUGUGUGAACCAGGUCGAGUGCCACCCGUAUCUGACCCAGAAGAAGCUGAUGGAGUUCUGCGCGCAGAAGGAGGUGGUCAUCACAGCUUACAGUCCCCUGGGCUCUCCGGACCGGCCCUGGGCCAAGCCGAGUGACGUGGAGCUGAUGGACGAACCCAAGCUGAAGAACAUCGCCGACAAGUAUAAGAAGUCGGUGGCGCAGGUGCUGAUCCGCUACCAGCUGCAGCGCGGCAACAUCGUCAUCCCCAAGUCAGUGACACCCAGCCGUAUCAAGGAGAACAUGGAGAUCCUGGACUUCGAGCUGAGCAGCGCCGACAUCGCCUCGAUCGACUCGUUCGACCGUUGCGGCCGCUUCUGCGGCCUGGAAUGGCUCAGCUAUCACAAGUACCACCCAUUCCCGGCCGCCUCCAAGUAGGCGGGCCGGCCGCCGCCAGGCGAAGUGGGUGCGCUCUCGAGCUUCGGAACCGCGACGCCGAUCAUCACCAUUCCAGUGUCAAUACACGUCAGCGGGACUGUCGCGUGCUCUU